AACAAUGCUGAUUGAGAAAGAUAAAAUAAAAAAAUUCUUAUCAAAAUCACAACAAGUGGGUACGAUGGAUGGGUUGAAGUAAGUGGCAUCCAGCACAUAAAGCAAGCACCUGGACCCCACAUUCAAUGUACCCCAACCUUGAUUUUCAAGCAUAUAUAUCAUAUAUGCAGCAAAACAAAACAAAAAACAAAAAAAACAUUAAUUCACAAACAUGAUGAAACCCGGCGAAAUAACAACACCUUUAGUGACCAAACCUGCAGCACCAGCGGCCGGGCAGCUGGUGAGACCCAGCGAACCAACACCAUCCCACAUCCUUCUUUUGUCAUCAAUCGACACACUUCCACCAUUCAGGUACUACACUGACACCCUGCACGUCUUCAUGCAUGGCCGUGAGCCAGCAAAGGUGAUAAGAAGAGCCAUUUCUAGAGCUCUAGUCUUCUACUACCCUCUCGCCGGAAGGCUUGUUCACUCCGGCGAUGAUGACCUGAGGAUUGCUUGCACUGGGGAUGGUGUCUACUUUGUUGAAGCUCAAGCUAAAUGUAAACUAGAAGACGUCAACUUCCUUCAGCGUCCUCUGAUGAUUCCCAUAGAUGACCUCCUUCCUUAUCUUCCUCAUCCUCAAGAACCAGCUCCCCCAUUGUUCAUGAUUCAGGUGACGGAGUUUAAAUGCGGUGGAUUUGCUGUGGGUACCAGAUACAACCACAUGAUCACUGACGGUGUUGGGUUAGGCCAAAUCCUACAAGCGGUGGGUGAGAUGGCAAGAGGUCUGACUCGACCAACAAUUGACCCAAUUUGGCAACGUGAUGUCAUCCCAAUCCCAACCAAAACCCCACAACACCAUUCCCAGGUGUCACCACCACCUUUCACACGCCUUAACUUCAACCUUGAGGAUACCAUCCUAGACAUUCCCCAAGACCACAUUGACCAUUUAAUAAACCAAGUUACAAAGGAAACAGGAAUAAAAUGUACAACGUUUGAUGUGCUAGCAGCUAAACUAUGGCAAAGCCGAACAAGAGCCAUCAACUUUGAUCCACAGGUUCCAGUUAUUUUCAGCUUCACAGCAAACAUACGUCCAUUGUUGCACGCCCUUAAACAAGGUGGCUACUACGGCAACUGCGUGUACAUGCCGUAUGUCACGGUGAGCAGCGAAAGGGUGAAGCGAGCGCCGAUAAGCGAGCUUGUGAGCUUGAUCCAAGACAAGAAAGAGAACCUACGAGUUGAGUUCAUGAAAUGGACGAAGGGUGAGCUUGAGCAGGACCCAUAUGAGGUGAGAAACACGUACGCCCUGAUGCAUGUCACGGAUUGGAGGAACGUUGGCUUCUCGGAUGUGGAUUUUGGUUGGGGCUCGGAAAUGCACAGUGGAGUUGGCACUAUGAUUGACUAUGUGGUCAUUGGUUUCUUGACUCGACCACCUGCGAGUUCAAGUGGCGCGCGCGUCACUGCGCGCUUUGUUAUGAAGGAGCAUCUUGCUGCGUUUCAUGAUGAGAUGAUGAGUUUCUAAUUCUUAGUUAUAAAUUAUAAUCCACGGUCAUGAACCAUGAUUCAUUAAUGUAUUGGAGUACGUACGUUAUAUAUAUUGAACAACUUAAUUUUUUU